AUGAAAAAGGCAUCGCUGCUCAGAUUCAGACCUUUUGCAAAUAUCCAUCAACCGCUUCCCCGUACACCAAGAGAGUCCCAGCAAUUACUCAACGCCCUUACGUCCUCUUUCCGUCGUCAGCUCGACCAUGAAUACCCUUCCUCCUCCACCACGAAUAAGGACGGAAAUAGCGACAAUCCCGCAUCCUCUGUCCAUGCGACCGAUAAACAUCUGAGGUCCAUUUUGGACAAUCCUCUUUUCCGGGUAGUUCCUUCAAAGUCCGCUGCUCUCAACGACAUUGCUCUGCUUGGGAGCCCGGCGGAACAGAGACUGGCGACUGAGCCCAUGACAGUCUUCGAUGAACUAGUGGCCGCAGGUUCUGUUACUCAGUCGGCUCUGUUCAACUGUCUAAAGGCUCAAUAUGUGCUCGCCACUGCGCACACAGGCGAUGGGGUGGUUGAAGCGAUGAAACAGUGCAAGGCCGGUUCCAAGAUCAUCAGCUGGUGGUUCGCAUCCGACUCAGAUUCAAGAAAAAUGCUCCUAUCGUCGCGAGUGGUAUCUCCGACUGCCCUGAAGUUCAUGGCCGCUGAGGGACUAAUGGAGACGGCGAUGGUGUGGCUGAAAAUGGUGCUGAAUCAGGAUAUUGGGGGUCGGGACGGUCGCAUCACGCAAGCCCUCGCUCAGCAGAUGGCCAUCCAUCUCCUAGUCGAUCUUCUGAAGGCAGAGACCAAAUACGGGGGCGGAGUAGUUUCGUCCAUGCGGUACUUUGUGGAGGCCAGCAAAUUGCCAACAGCAGCCGGUGAUCAACUCUCCGGUCAGUUUAAGAAAUCUUUCUUGCUCCCUGGGGCCGGUCAUUUGUGCCAUUCCAUCGUGCAGGGCGAUCGGUCUCAGAAUCAGCAGAUCUCUCCCGAAUUGUAUGACGAAUAUAUACGGAUUAUUGAGUCUACAUCCAAGAGAUCGAUACUGCUGGGCUCUGUGCAUCUCUACCAUCCAACCCGACCCGACGCUGGACCCCUUCUACAGUUUACAGAAAGCGUCUCUCCAGCGUGGAUUGAAUCAUGGUCUAAGUCCAAACGAGAAAACUUUUUGCGAUUUGGUUGUGAUGCCCUGCGCCUCUUGAUUGAUCAGGAGAGGUUUCAAGAGGCCUCCUACCUGGCGAGAUUCAUUCAGGACAAUAUUGCAGAAAAUACUGCCGAACAGACAGAUGCAUGUUCGGCAGAGGAAGAGAUCAUUCUCAACCGAUCGGGACUGGCCUGGACCUGA